GCAUGGCAUCCAUCCGUCUGAGAGGCAGAGGAGGAGCCACUGAAAAGCCACUGAAAUUGGGACUACUCUCUCGCUCCCUACCUCAAGCAUAGUGAGUAGUGACUGGGGCUUGCAGUAGCUCUGUUUUGAUGAGCCAUUGAGGCAAAUUGAAGAGGGAUUUGUUUGGCUUGCAAGUGGCAUGAUAUUCUUAUUUUAUUUUUUGCAACUUAAAAACUAUUAGUUUGGGGCUACUAGCUAGGCUAACGUUGCCAUUUGCUUCUUCAAAGAAAGUUGGAGGAUGUUUAUUUGAUCUCAAACAGAAGUGUCAACGAUUUGGGCUUGGAGCCAGCUUUGAUUUACCAUUCCUUUCGACAUAGCCAAAGUGCAGAUCCAGCUGCAAAGGAAGGCACCAUUACCACCACCACCUGUGGCUGCAACAGCCACAACUGCUGCUGGUGGAGGGACACUAGCCACAAUCAUGUGCAUCGCCAGAGAGGAAGGGGUUGUCGCGCUCUAGAAGGGCGUCAUCCCUGGCCUCCACUGUCAGUUUCUCUAUGAUGGCCUCCACAUCAGCUUGGGAAUUUCUCUUCUAUAAACUUGCAGGUGAAGGCUUUCUUCGUCAGAUGUGCUGUUGUGGGUGAUGUCAGUUUACUAAGCAAGAUUCUUGCUGCGCUUGCCACAGGUGUGAUAGCUAUUGUUGUGGCAAAUCCAACUGAUCUCGUUAAAGUUAGGUUGCAAGCUGAUGGAAAGGCUAACACAGUCAAGAGGAGUUAUUCUGGAGCCCUUAAUGUAUAUGCUACAAUAAUCAGACAUGUUACUUUAACCAUCAUGGGCAGUAAGUGUACAAGAUUAUUUCUUUUUUCGUUGUCCUUAAAAUAUUUCAUGUUUCCAGGAAGGUAUUGGAGCUUUGUGGACUGGCCUUGGCCCAAAUGUCGCACACAAUGUCAUAAUUAACGCUGCCGAGUUGGACAGCUAUGAUUAGUUCAAACAUGUACCUGUUGACUCUAAUGUCUUUGUGGUGGGCAUUAUAUUUCAUUAUCAUUAUUCAUUCAUUUGUUCUGUUCAUGUAGAUGUUUCUAAAACUUCCUAGGUAUACUGAUAACGUGUUACCCAUCUUUUAGCUGGACUUGGUGCUGAUUUUUUUUACUAUUUGCAUUGGCUCUCCGAUGGAUGCAAAUAAGCUUUGACUAAAUAUCUUACUAGCAGUUCACAAGGUUCAGCAAAAAAAAAACUAAAACAACACAAUUGUUUUGUAUUCUUUACUUCAAUAGUCAUCGAGUGAUUCAUCCUCCAUAUUUUGCACAAAAACUAAGGGAACACCUAGCCUACCUACCGUGGACAAAUACCAUUUGAAGAAUUGUUAGAUAAUUUCACACAUGUAUUUACAUUUUUUUCCUAAUGAGUACGUGCAGGUUUAUACUAUAUAUUAAUCUACCAUAUCUCUAUACACUUAGACAUGACUAAUUUUCGACUGAAAUUAGCUGCAAUCUCAGAAAAUUCGUUGAACAUUGGUUGUUUUAAUUUUGGGGAAAUCAUGUAUCUUAGAGAACCCUUAUUUACAUUGCACAUUUGAAGCCAUCAUUUAAAAAAUCAAACAAAUUAUAAAUUAGGAUGGAUGGAAUAUUUGUUUACAUUUUCCCUAGAGGGGGUGAACAUUCUGAAGCAUUAACGAACUACAGCCUAGGAAGAAAUUUAGGUAUUGGUACAUUUGGAAAAGUGAAGAUUGCAGAGCAUAACCUUACAUGACAUAGGGUUGCUAUAAAGAUCAUCAACUGCUACCAAAUGAGAAAUAUGGAAAUGGAAGAUAAAAAUAUGGUUUCGGGUGAAGGAAGUUGUUAAUAUUAACAAAUUGUUAUCAACAUUUGGGUUUGUACUUGCCACUCAAACUUUUAUCUCUACUAAUAUGAAGAAGGUAAGGGGUAGGUUGCCUACCAUGGUUCUGCCUACCCCUUGUUCUGCCUCCUGCGCCUCCACGCUAGGCAACCAAGAAUGUUCUUAAAUGAGCAACUUUUUCAUGCAAUCAAGAAUCAGAAGUCUGUGUUGGUUUACAUCUUUUCUGAAAGUGAUUUACUAUUUUAUACUUGAGUAACUUUGUCCUAUGAUAUGAGAUAUCCAAAUUCAUCUAAUAAUUAGUUAAUUUGAGAUGAGUUGGUCCUACAAGGGUCCAUAACUGUAUUGUAUGCACUUGCACCCACAUAUAUCUAAUAAGUGAGUCUGAGCAGUGACAUAGUCCAUUGGUACCAUGGGUUGUAUGGAUAUAGGUCACUGCAUUGCUGAUAGUGAGGAGCAGAAAGUUCAUGUUAUUGCUGGUGUGCUGACCCUUACCACUCCAAUUUUAGUCCACCCCUAUUGACCACAUAGUUGAAAUGAGUAUUAUAGGUGUGAUUACAUGAGUCAUAUCUGCAGCAUGGCUCAUUUUUGAAUGUUUGCUGGUGGGAGGAUCGUCUCUUCUAUGUCUACAAGAAUAUUUUGCCAGUGAUGACGGUGUUUAGAGGAUGGGAUCCUUGCAAUUGUCAAACAAGAUGAGAGACCCCUUGAAUUGCUUGCUAAAGAAUAUGCUAUCAACUCUUUUGACAUAGAUCCUCAAAACCCCUCUUGGUCCCGUUGCAACGCACGGUGGUUGAAGACUCGAUCAUACGACGCCAGCAAAGAGGCCAAUUCUGGUCGUUGCGCAGGCAGCGUGGCACGUCAUUCGGCGAUCGUGGAAAGGCCUUCUGCCAUGAGCCCAUGACGCGCAUACGCUCGCGGCGGAAGCGAACGGGUACUUGUCACGUCCUUUCCGAGAACCUCACAGCAGAGUAGCAGACCACAUUUUGUUUUGCAGCUGGUGCCGCAACCCGGACGGCCGGACCGGACGGACGGCAUCUGCUCCCUGCCCGUGGGCGGCUGGCCCCGAUAUAAAACUGACAAGAGAUAGACUAAUCAAGUCUCUCAACCCGAGUCUAAUCUUGGUCCCCAAUCCAAUCCCGCACCCACCAUUGCGAGAGAUCAUCAGAGGACCGCGUCCAAUCGAAGCGGAGAGGAGGAGAAGGGUGUGCUGAUGGCGACGGCGGUGGCGGCCACGGCCGCGGCGGCGGGUGGCAGCAAUGUCGAGUUCAUCCGCGCGCGCAGCGACAAGCGGGAGUACCGCCGUGUGGUGCUCGCAAACGCGCUCGAGAUCCUACUAAUCAGCGACCCCGACACUGACAAGGCGGCGGCGUGCAUGGAGGUCGAGGUGGGCUCGUUCAGCGACCCGGAGGGACUCGAGGGCCUCGCGCACUUCCUCGAGCACAUGCUAUUUUAUGCCAGCGAGAAAUAUCCUGGAGAACACGAGUAUACGAAAUAUAUCACAGAGCACGGUGGCUCUUACAAUGCAUAUACAAGCUCAGAGACAACAAACUUCUUUUUCGAUGUCAAUGUGGACAAUUUUGAAGAAGCCUUAGAUAGAUUUGCUCAGUUCUUCAUUAAGCCACUGAUGUCACAGGAUGCUGUUCUUAGAGAGAUAAAAGCUGUUGAUUCUGAACACAAGAAAAAUUUGUUGUCCGAUGGCUGGAGAAUGUAUCAGCUUCAAAAGCAUCUGGCUUCAAAGGAUCACCCUUACCACAAAUUCAGUACAGGAAGUUGGGAAACACUAGAAACUAAACCAAAAGCGAGGGGCGUGGACAUCAGACUUGAACUUCUGAAGUUUUACAAGAAUUAUUCAGCAAACCUUAUGCACCUUGUUGUUUAUGGAAAGGAGAGCCUCGAUUACAUUCAGGGCUUGGUUGAGCGUAUGUUUAGUGACAUAAAAAACACUGAUCAGAGAUGCUUCAAAUGUCCAAGUCAUCCUCUUUCAGAGGAACAUUUGCAGCUUCUUGUCAAAGCACUACCAAUAGAAGAAGGGGACUAUCUAAGAAUUAUAUGGCCAAUUACUCCUAGCAUCCAGUUUUACAAAGAAGGUCCUUGCCAUUAUCUAAGUCACCUCAUUGGGCAUGAAGGCGAGGGGUCCGUCUUCCAUAUUAUAAAGGAACUAGGAUGGGCCAUGAACUUAAUGGCUGGAGAGAGCACUGACAGUAAUGAAUAUUCCUUUUUCUCAGUAAGCAUCAGGCUCACCGAUGCUGGUCAUGAACACAUGGAGGAUAUUGUUGGGUUGAUCUUUAAAUAUCUUCAUCUAUUAAAAGUAGACGGAGUCCACGAGUGGAUAUUUAAUGAGCUUGAAGCGAUAAAUGAAAUGGAGUUCCAUUAUCAAGACAAAGUUGAUCCAAUAAGCUAUGUGAUGCGUACUGUCUCAACUAUGCGGUUGUUUCCACCAGAAGAAUGGCUGGUUGGAGCAGCAUUGCCAUCAAAGUAUGCACCACAAAGAAUAAAUAUGAUACUCGAUCAACUAUCACCUGAAAGAGUAAGAAUAUUCUGGGAGUCCAAAAAAUUUGAAGGAUCUACGAGUUCUGCUGAGCCCUGGUAUAACACACCAUAUUCAGUUGAAAAUGUCGCUCCUACUAUGAUACAGCAAUGGAUUAAAAAGGCUCCUACUGAGAAACUCCAUCUUCCAGAACCUAAUAUUUUCGUACCAAAGGAUUUAUCUCUUAAAGAAGUGCAUGAAAAGGUUACUUUUCCAACAGUGUUAAGGAAAAGCCCACUUUCACAGUUGUGGUAUAAGCCUGAUACACUCUUCUCCACACCAAAGGUUCACAUUAUCAUUGAUUUCCACUGUCCAUUAUCCAGCCACUCCUCUGAAGCAGUUGUUGCUACUGAGCUCUUUGUUGAUUUGUUAGUAGAUUAUUUGAAUGCUUAUGCUUAUGAUGCUCAAAUUGCUGGUUUGUUCUAUUCAAUAUAUCUUACUUCUGCUGGAUUCCAGGUUUCUUUAGGUGGUUACAAUGACAAAAUGAGAGCUCUCUUAAAUGCCAUACUAGUGCAAAUUGCGAGUUUUGAAGUUAAGCCAAACAGAUUUUCUGCCCUAAAGGAAACUUCUGUCAAGGACUACCAGAAUUUCAAUUUCCGACAACCUUAUUCUCAAGCUUCAUACUAUGUCUCUCUGAUAUUGGAAGAUAAAAAAUGGCCUGUCGCUGAGAAACUUGAAGCUCUUUCUAAGCUUGAAUCAGAUUUUUUUGCAAAGUUUGUACCACACCUACUAUCGAAGACAUUUUUGGAAUGUUAUGUUCAAGGGAACAUUGAACCAAGUGAAGCAAAAUCUGUCGUACAAGAGAUCGAAAACACUAUAUUUAAUGCCCCCAAUUCUUUGUUCAAAUCCAUGUCUCCAUCAGAGUAUCUGACUAAAAGAGUUGUCAUGCUUGAAAAUGAGUUAAAAUGCUACUACCAAACUGAGGGAUUAAACCAGAAGAAUCAGAAUUCAUCAGUUAUCCAAUAUAUUCAGGUACAUCAGGAUGACGCCAUUUUGAAUAUCAAACUUGAGCUGUUCUCUCUAAUAGCAAGCCAGCCAGCCUUCAACCAGCUGCGAACUGUUGAACAGCUUGGGUAUAUAACAAGUCUUUCUCUGAGAUCCGACUAUGGAGUCCUGGCACUCCAGGUGGUUAUACAGUCCACAGUAAAGGAUCCUUCGUAUCUUGAUGGUAGAGUUGAUGAAUUCUUCAAGAUGUUUGAAAGCAAAAUCUAUGAACUCUCCGACAAGGACUUCAAGAGAAAUGUGAAAUCACUAAUUGAUUCUAAACUGGAGAAGUUUAAAAACUUAUGGGAGGAAUCAGAUUUCUACUGGGGAGAGAUUCAGGCAGGAACUCUGAAGUUUGAUAGGGUCGAGUCUGAGGUCACUAUGCUAAGAGAGCUCAAGAAAGAAGAAUUCAUAGAGUACUUCGACCAGUACAUAAAAGUGGACGCGCCUCAAAGGAGGACACUAAGCGUGCAAGUCUUCGGCGGCAACCAUUCGGCAGAAUUCAAGACGGCGAUCGCCGAAGCCGAUCCGCCCAAAAUGUACAGAAUUACAGACAUAUUCGGCUUCAAACGAUCGAGGCCGCUGUACAGCUCACUCAAGGGAGGUCCGGGCAGGAUCACCAUGGACUGACAGCCAUCACGCAGCUAUUCCCUAGUUUUCAUGUACGUACGUAGUGUAACGGCCUGUUCAUACGCCUGAAUUCCAUCCUGAAUCCUGCAUCAGAUUCGAUUGCACGAUUGAUGCUAUUCUUAACUGAUGGUUUGUUAUGUUAACCAAUAAUGCACGACAGCGUGUCACUUUCUGGGCAGAUAUAGGGGGCUGUAUAAAUAAAGUCAUGUAUGUUCGCAUGUCUGUAUGCAUUUCUUCUGACAGCUAUGCAUUAUGUACAGUUACAGUUACAGUUA